AUGCUUGAUAUUGAUAAGAGUAUUGAGGUGGUGUGGGGUAUUGGUGUUGGAAUUGUGGUAGUUCUAAGUGUGGUUCAUAAGGUUAUUCAUGAGGCACAUAAGGUUGAUGGUAUGGCGAGUAUAGGUUUGUCUCAUAUGGAGGUAUUUGGUGAUAGUGUGAUGUGGCUUAUGAGUAAGGUUGACCAUAAUGUUGAGGGUUUGAUUGGUAUUGGUAUGCAUCCAGAGGUGGAUAGUAGCUAUAAGGAUGUAGAGGAGGAUGGAAGACUCAAAGAUCAACUUCGUAAUGAUAGUUUUUCUUCUUUAGAGAGACAACUAAUAGAAACAAAGGAGGCAAUUGAACGUCAGCGCAAAUUAUUCAAGAAAAAACAAUCUGAUAAGGGAGAUACAACUGAUGCAGAGGCUGGAUUACCAGAAGAUGUUCUCAUUCAUGAUGAAAUUUAUAAAUCUCGACUGGCUAGCAUCAAACGGGAGGAAGAAGUUAUUUUGCGUGAGAGGGAUCGCUAUGAACUAGAGAAGGGAAGGUUGAUUCGUGAAAUGAAACGUAUAAGGGAUGAAGAUGGUUCACGGUUCAACAACUUUCAGAUUCUACACCAUCGAUAUGCCCUUCUAAACCUUCUCGGAAAGGGAGGGUUCAGUGAGGUUUACAAGGCUUUUGAUUUGGUAGAGCAUAGAUACGUUGCCUGCAAGCUUCAUGGUUUAAAUCCUCAAUGGAGUGAAGAGAAGAAGCAGAGUUACAUGCGGCAUGCAAUUCGGGAGUAUAAUAUUCACAAGUCCCUUGUGCAUCAUCACAUUGUUCGUUUAUGGGACAUAUUUGAGAUUGAUCAAAAUACGUUCUGCACUGUUCUGGAAUAUUGUAGUGGGAAAGAUCUUGAUGCUGUCCUUAAAGCAACACCUAUAUUGCCAGAGAAGGAGGCUAGAGUCAUUCUGGUUCAGAUUUUUCAAGGCCUUAUAUACAUGAAUAAAAGAACACAGAAGAUUAUCCAUUAUGAUUUAAAGCCAGGAAAUGUUCUGUUUGAUGAGCUUGGUAUUGCAAAAGUGACUGAUUUUGGUCUCAGCAAGAUAGUGGAGGAUGAUGUUGGAUCCCAGGGUAUGGAACUUACAUCCCAGGGAGCUGGAACAUAUUGGUAUUUGCCUCCUGAAUGCUUUGAGCUCAGCAAGACGCCUUAUAUUUCAUCGAAGGUUGAUGUCUGGUCUGCUGGCAUUUUGUUCUAUCAAAUGCUCUUCGGUAGACGUCCUUUCGGGCAUGACCAAACUCAAGAGAGAAUACUUCGUGAAGACACAAUUAUUAAGGCGCGCAAGGUUGACUUUCCUACUAGGCCUGCUGUUUCUAAUGAGGCAAAGGAUUUCAUUCGUCGGUGUCUCACGUAUAACCAGAUUGAGAGACCAGAUGUAUUAACAAUUGCUCAAGAUCCAUAUCUCACAUACUCAAAGAAGUAAUGAAUGAUUUUCAGUGACAUACCUAUUUUACUCAAGAGGCUCUAGAGAGCAUGAAUCUAAGAACUGAUCUAACUUGAGGUGCUGAUUUAGCAGUUGGAUUUUGUAUAGGUUGUAAAGAUCUUGUUAUUUUGUCAAAUGAGACAGAAAGAUGUUUCCUCACUCUUAGGGUUUGUUUUGCGAGUUAGUGUUUUGGCGGGGAAGAAAACUUACCAUUUGAAUUUUUUACGCUACAAAUCCUUUCUUCCCCGUCGAUGGUCGCUCCAAAUUCCCAACCCGCAAACAACCCCUAAAGGAAGGCCAAUUGUCUUUUUUUUUUCUUCCAUUUUAUAUUUUGGUUCGAAAACAUGGGAUGUGGAAAAGGAAAAAGGUUGUUUGAUUGAUAUGUCUUUAUAUAUAAAGUAGAUGUAUAGGUGCUUUCACAAGGGAGAAAGCUUUUGUAAUUUUUUUUGGUACAUUAGCCCAAGUUCCAUUUUAUUUUUUCAUUAGAUACUAGCUCAUUUUCCUAAAAUUUAUUUAGUUGUAGUGUGUAUUGAGAAGGGCAUGUUUGUUUAGUAUUUGACUUGCCCAAAACCACUGGCAGACGAGUAAAAGUAAAUGGAUGAAUAUAUCUAUGCGAUGUAGGUGCUAACCAAAGCUAAUCAAAUCUUUAGGGCAAAUUAUACUCGUCUCUUGAGUCUGCAAAA